AGUGGUGGCAUGUUGCAGCUGCAGUUUGACUGAUUUCAACAGUUGGAGUAUCUGAAAACUAUUAUUCUUGUCCUCUGGAGCUUGUUGAGCUCCCUUCAGGAUCCAAUGAUUACAGGGCAGCUGAGCAAGCCGCUGCUCUCCCUGCGCAGCGAAAUGAGCGCAGCAGAACUCCGGGCGGACGACAAAGCGGCCACCCCAGACAGUGAUCUGAACGACGAGCCCCUGCUCCUGCCCUCUGAGUCCACAGACAGAGAAGAUACUCCCAACAAGCUGUACGGAGUUCGUGACGGAUCAGUUCAGUCAGACGCCAGCAGCAGUCCCUCCGAACAGAGUCUACUGGGCCAGUCUCACCCAGGAUACCCGAUGGGUCCACAGUCUCUCCUGGUGGCCCAGCAGCUGGCUAAUGCUGUGGGUGGCGUGAUGUCGGGGGCGGCGCCAGGCAUUAACCAGCCCAUCCUCAUUCCCUUCAAUGCAGGCGGACACCUGGGUGGGCAGCAGGGCCUAGUGCUCUCUCUGCCCACAGCCAACAUCCAGAGCCUGGUGGCUGCUGCCGCUGCAGGGGGCAUCAUGACACUCCCCCUUCAGAACCUGCAAGCUACCUCAUCACUGAACUCCCAGCUCCAGCACCUGCAGCAGCUCCAACAGAUGCAGCAACACCACCAACAGCAGCAGCAGCAACACCAUCACCAACAGACCCACUCCCACGCUCAGAACCAGCUGUCAUCCCAGCAUCACAUGACUCCACCCAACCAGCAGCAGACCUCUGUCCCCUCUCCAGGUUCUGCCUGUUCCUCCACCUCUGGACAACCGCAGCAGUCCCCACCUCACAGGCCCAACCAGUCACCGGCUCACAGCCUUCCCUCACCCGUUACUCCACCCAUGCCUCUUCAGCUGAAUCCUCUGGCCAACCAGGCGGCAGUAGCAGCAGCAGCAGCCAUGGGAUCCAUCGCCGGCUCUCAGGUGUUUGGUAACACCCUGUCAAACCUGCAAGGGGCCACCGGGCAGCUUGUCACCAAUGCACAAGGACAGAUAAUUGGAACAAUCCCACUGAUGCCCAACUCUGCAGGGUCCUCCAGCCAAUCAGGGGGUGGCAACCCAGCACUGCAGGUACAGCCAAUUACACCUCAGCUUCUGACCAACGCUCAAGGCCAGAUCAUCGCCACAGUGAUCGGCAAUCAGAUCCUGCCUGUCAUCAACACCCAGGGAAUCACGCUGUCACCAAUCAAGCCUGGACAGCAGCUGCCUCAGGCUCAGCAGGGUCAGACAGGCACUGCAUCGUCUCAGCCAAACCUGCUCCACAUGCCCCACAGACAGAGUCCUCUCCACCAGGCCUCCUCUUCCUCCUCCACCUCCUCCUCCUCCUCGGCUCUCAGCGUGGGGCAGUUGGUCAGCAACCCACAGACUGCCCCUAGCGAGGUGGAUGGGGUCAACCUAGAGGAGAUUCGUGAAUUCGCCAAAGCAUUCAAGAUCCGCCGGCUGUCUCUGGGUCUGACACAGACUCAGGUGGGCCAGGCACUCAGCGCGGCCGAAGGGCCGGCAUACAGCCAGUCUGCCAUCUGCAGACACACCAUCCUGAGAAGCCACUUUUUCCUACCACAGGAAGCCCAAGAGAACACUAUAGGUAGCAGUCUGACAGGCAAACUGAACCCUGGCCUUUUAUAUCCUGCCAGGUUUGAGAAGUUGGACAUCACCCCUAAAAGCGCCCAGAAGAUUAAGCCCGUUCUGGAGCGCUGGAUGGCCGAGGCUGAAGCCCGCCACCGAUCCGGAAUGCAGAACCUGACUGAGUUUAUCGGCAGCGAACCUUCGAAAAAACGCAAGCGGAGGACCUCUUUCACCCCACAGGCACUCGAGAUCCUCAACAGCCACUUUGAGAAGAACACACACCCCUCCGGACAGGAAAUGACGGAAAUAGCAGAGAAACUGAACUAUGACAGGGAGGUGGUGCGUGUCUGGUUCUGCAACAAGAGACAAGCACUGAAAAACACAAUAAAGCGCUUGAAACAGCCCGAACUCGGAGUGGCUGCACCAAUGGACCCUCUCACCGAUUCUCUGGAGGAGCUCCCGAAAUGAACGAGCUCUCUGACAAAACAGUGGAGUGGAAAAGUGGCAGCCAUUAAAAACAACAAAGAUGGACAAACUCCUCUUGCAAUGAGAACUGAAAACGUUCCCAAGUCACCUGGAUGGACAGUCAUGAGUUUGCAAACAAAAACUUUGUGUUGUCAGUGUGAUUAUCACAGUUAUGUAAAUGACCUUGGCAAAACCAAAAAAAAAAAAACAACAAAAAAAAAAAAAAAACAGAGAUUAAUAUCUGAGAAUUAUGUAAAAAAAACAUACGGCGUGCUGUUUUAAAGAGUUUUAGAUUCUGGCCUUACAGACCAGAUUGUCGCCCAAAAUUUGGUUCCCAUGAGGAGGGAUUUAGUAAAGAGAUCAUACCAAAUCAAAACACUAUUUACCAAAGUCUGUUGCAUCUGAGUACUAAGAAUAAUUUUGUAAUGUAAAUGUGAUCUAAAUUUCUACAUUUGUACUGGCAAAAUCUAAGCUAUAUGUGUGAGGUUGAGUGUACAUUUUAUCUUUGUCCCAAUUUCUUUUUUCUUCAUUGUUUUUAUGUAAAUAUUUUAAAAAAGAAAAAAAAGCUGUCUACAGAUUGAAUCACACUGAUAAAGUUCUUUUUUGAACAAAAAAUGAACCUUUGCUGUUUAACAACUGGAUUAUAAUGUUAUUUGCCUCUGAUUUGUGUUUUGUUUGCAAAUAUUUUCAGUCACAGUGUAACUUUGUACAACUUUUACAGGUAUUUAUUAAUAAUUUCAUGAGAUUGUUACAGAGGAUUAACAAAAAGGAAGGAAAACAAAGGACUGUCACUUAAUAAUGAUGCCCAUGAGAGGUUUCCGUGUGAAGUAUACUGCAGCUUUGUUUCGAGCUACUGUGUCAUUCUGUUGCCAAAGCCUGAUAGCCAAAGAACACACAAACUUCAGCUCAAGGACUGGGGAAGAUUUAACUUUUUUAUUUCUUUGUUCACAUGGCUUUCUCCCCUUUUUCUAAAGUGUUUUAUUCUGUGUUGAAAAAAGAAAAAACAUGUCAAACAGCUACAUCAGUGUCUUUUGUAAUUUCUUAUCACGGCAAAAUGUAAAAUGUGUUUUCUUUCAGCCAGAUUUGCCUCUGCAUGUUUCAACUCCAACAACACUGAGAACUGUUUAAUGGAUUUUCACCUGACAUCCCAAAAUGAACACGAUAACCUGAAUUUUUAUGAUAUGACCAAAAAUAAACCCCUGACAUGAUACUUGAUAAAUAUUUUAAUUAUGUCCUAAAAUUGAAUUAAUGAAUAUGGUGAAGGAUUUUUGUUGCCACUGACCGAACUACUGAGCUCAUUUUAGUUUAGCUGUUUUUUUGUAACCAGAAUAUUUCAAACCAGGUAUGCAUUUCUGCAAAUAUAAUUUAUUAAAGUUGUUAUAGUCUGCAUUCAUUUCAGCUAAAUGACAUUCACAGAUGUUAAUUAGAUUUUUAUUUAGCUCUGUAUUGUUAUUUCUAUCUUUUUAUUUAAAUGAUCAUCCUCA